AUGAUGGAUUUGACUAGAAUGCGCAAAGAGACGCUGCCUGGAGGUCUCCAGGGCGCGUCUGGAGCUGUCACUGGACGCGACAGCAUGCGAACCACCAGCCGAGCGCGAGGUGCUGCACGACCAGCCAGCAGCCCCUCGCAUCCAUCAUCCCCACCAGCUGGCUUGGUGUCAGCAGGAUCUUCGCGGGCCCAGCAAUCGGCACCCGCCACUGGUGGAGCACGUGGAAUGCGUUGGACAACUCAAAUGAAUAGCAACGCAUUGCAGGCGUAUUUUAGGGUGAAAUGGGGAGAAAUUGGAGGUUUUGCGUAUCGGGCAAGGAUGCAUCGACUUUUUGCUGAGCUGGAGCCAUCUGUAACCGACACCGAGCAAAACCUGGCAGACCGAGUUCUGUAUAUCUUGCGUUCAAAUACAUUUGAUAUCACCGAACUCGAACGGCUACGACGUGAGGCUGUUCCUUCAUCGGAUGAAAAUGCUAAGGCUGAGGAUGCGGCGCCACAACUUGCAGAGCAACCGGCAAACGUGGAUGCCGCCGUGAAUACCCCAAUGCUGGUGACCUAUUUGGAAGCCAACCGGGACGCGUUUGCGUGA